AUGUCAUCAAAACUCCCUAGAGCAACUCUAGCUCAGAAAUUGCAAAUAAUAGAUUAUUAUCAUAAAUCAGAUAGGCCACAACUGGAAACAGUCGAUAAAUUUAAGAAUGAGGUUUCAAUUUCGACAUCUUCAUUUAGUGAAUGGUUAAGAAAUGAACCAGAAUUAAGGAAAAGAUACAAUCAAGCAGAUUUCAAGUUCUCUAAAAACAGCAAAAGAAAAGUGAAAUUCAAAUAUGGAGAAAUAAAUAAGGCAAUGGAUAAAUUGGUGACUGGGAUGAUAGAAAGGAACGACCCUAUUACUGAACCAAUACUAAGACAACAUUGGGCAGUAUAUGCGCAUCAGUUUGGAGUUGAUGAUCCAAAGAGGUUACACAGUUUUAGUCAUGGUUGGCUUAGUCAGUUUAAAAAACGACAUGGAAUCAAUAAGAAGUCAAAAAAUGGUUCUCAAAGAAAUACAACAAAUGGUGCACCCAGAGAUGACAAUGUAGGUGCUUCUGAUUCAAUUGAUAUACAAGAUAACGCUGAAGAAGAGAAUGAAACAAAUAGCUAUCAACCAUUGGACGACCCCGAGGUAGAAGUGCCUGCAGUGGAAAACCAAAAUUAUGACCCAAAGUUUUCCAGCAUUAGCCAUGAACACAAUAUUCGGAAUCCAACUGAAAAUAACAAUGAGCCAAGAACGAAAAAGUCAAGAUUAAAUGGUCGAAACAAUGUGUCACAGCUUGAAGCGAAUUCGAAUUAUGAUUUGUUAGCUCAACAACGACAGCAUUCACAACCACCAUCGCUACUACCCUCACCGUCCCCCAACUCUGACCAUUCUCAUCAAUCACAACAAUUCAUGGAUCACCGACGUCGAAAGAGACGCCAACUGCCACAAGAACAACAGCAAGAACAAGACCAGCAAGAGCAACCACAACAAGCACCACCACCACCGUCACAACAACAACAACAGACAAGAUUACAAGAUGAUCAGAAUUCAGAAAAUGCACAUAGAAACAACCAGGAACAUUACAUUCAACAUGGGAAUUCAAAUGUUAGAAAUGAGACUCAACUACUUCAAGAACAACAGAAACAACUACAAAAAUCAAAACAACAACCAACAGGUACAGAUACUGUUCCUAGAAAUCAGUUUAGACCACAACAAGGUCUCAGUUUUAGUCACAGUAAUUCCCCGAUUAUGGGCUUUGGGAUGGAUAAACACAAUCUGCAAUUACAAACCCAAUAUCAAAAGAGUCAUCGCCAUGGGGUCAAUCAAACGAAUUCAAUUUCAGGAGAUAUACAAAAUCCUAGUCCUGAACAAGAUUUUAGAAAUAGUUUGAUAAACAACAAUGGAAAUAAUAACACCGUCAAUUAUAGUCCCAAUCAACUUUAUAAAGAACAAAGACAAUUAUUGAAUGAUGAUUAUUCAUCAACAAUAACCAAAUCUAACGAUUCAAGAGGUUCCAGAGCAAUUUCCACUAAUGAUGGCACCGAAACAGAAGUCAGUACAAACCAGGCAUUAUUAACUGGUAGAAUGCCAGAAGAAGAAACCAAGGCCGCCAGUGAAUUAAAUAAUAUCAUCCAUCCAAUCACCGCAACGGAUAUGGAGAGGUUUAUCUAUAUGUUUGCUGAUAGAUUUUUCCAUAUACAUCAACAUGAGUAUCCACAAACAGUAAAAGUUUUCCAAGAAUUCAAACUGUCAUUUUUUAACGAAAGGAUUAUGAAUAAUAGAACACCAAAGCAACUACAGCAGCAGGCAACUAUCUCUCAACAUUCGCAACUGCAACAAUCACAAUUACAACAGCCCCAACAACUAUCGCCUUCUAUGCAGCCAACACAACAAAUACAACAACCAAUGAUUUACCAUCACAAUAGUAGUCGUCAGCAACAACAGCAACAUAAUAGAAAUGCAAUGUCUUCGCAAUUACCAGCUCUUGUUGCUGCAACUACUAGUUUGGUCAAUAAUAAUACACCAAAUAUGUCGCAAAAGAAUGCUAAUUCUACCAUGGUCUUGAACACACAUUCAAAUACACACCAAAGACAACAACAACAACAACAGCAGCAGCAGCAACAGCAUCACGAACAUCAACAACCACCAACUUUACCUGCUCCAUUGCAGAAAAUUGACAAUUCAAAGAAUCAACAAUUAGUAAUGUCGCCAUCUCCAAUGGAUACAUUAGUACAACUUCAAUUACGUCAACAAGGCACACAAAGUAGCUUACAACAGCAACAACAGCAACAGCAGCAACAACAACAACAAAUUUCAAAUUUUGAUGAUUAUUUACGGUCAAUGAAUGCACAAACUUUGUUAAAUGCCCAAUCAAAUUCUACAAGAAAUAAUGGGCUAAAUGAAGUGAAUCUAGAUAGAAAUCAAAGGAUGUCAAAACCAUGA